AUGGAUACGAGCGACAAGGGCCCACAGGCCCAACUAUCGCAUAUCUAUUGCGAUCUACUAGCACAGGCAUAUAGCAAUCAGUGCAACAGAGUCAAUUUCAAGUACUGGGGCUUGAACCCCACCAAUCCCUACACCGUGCUGGAGACGAGCGUGCGACAGGAGCUGAACGAACUCGUCGAAGACUUGAAUAGAGUCAUCCAGAAUGCGAUCAUCGAUGCCAACAAUCGCCGCGGAUCGAUGGACAUCGCCUACGCGGACGUGGAUGCCCGUUUUGAGGGCCACCGUUGGUGUGAAGGCGGGGUGGAAGAGCCUGAUGCCACAUACCCCAGCACCUUCUUCUUCCUGAGCGGCUGGUCGGACAUAACUGAGGAAGGCGCCAUCCAGCAGGCCUCUUCUUCGGACGACGAAAGCGACUAUAUCAGCAGCCUGCAGGGACAGACGACCCUGACGCUGCCUGCAACGUGCCUGCCCAAUCGGGUACUGCUCUCUCCUUUCUUCUACCUAUUUAGAAAGUAUCCUUAG